ACACCGCCAGAGGCGCGAAAUCAAAACCGCGGGGCUUUCUAUGUCCCUUCGCAGGAUCCGUAGUUGACAGAGCCGCCAUGUUCGCGCAGCUGACUGAGCUGCUGGCCGACUUCGUGGAGCGGCCGGAGCAGGGCAAGCUGACACUGCUGGUUUCCACCAAGACAGAUGCCAGCUUCUUGGUUCACCAUUUCCUCUCCUUUUAUUUAAAAGCUGGGUGCAAAGUCUGUUUUCUGGCCCUUCUGCAGUCCUUCAGCCACUACAGUAUUGUGGCCCAGAAGCUGGGACUUAGUCUGACUACAGCCAAAGAACGGGGACAGCUGGUUUUCUUAGAAGGCCUGAAAGUUUCACAUGACAUCUUUUUUGGCAAGCAGCAGUCGCUGGAGUCCAGGCCUUUCCAGUUCAUCAGUGGAGAUGGCUCAAACCUGAAAGCGCUGUAUGAGUUCGUCCAGACAGCCCUAAGCCCGGCUGUGGGUGGGGACUCGUGGAAGUGCCCUGUGCUUAUUGUGGACGACCUCAGCGUCUUGCUGAGCCUGGGUGCGAGGCCGACUGACGUGCUGGAUUUCAUCCACUAUUGCAGAGUCACAGUGAACUCUCUGCUUAAGGGGAACAUGGUGGUGAUGGAACACAGCAGUGACGAUUCAGAGGACGAGGAGAACGAGCUGCUUGUGAGGGCCCUCCGUCACCAGAGUAACCGGAUCCUGUGGGCCGAAGGGCUCGCUACCGGCUUCUGCAAGGAUGUUCACGGGCAGUUAACAAUCAUCCAUCGGAGCUCAUGGGAGAAAAAAGCCGAGAAGGACCUCCUGCAAGUUUACCAGUACAAAAUCCAGGACAAGAAUGUCACCUUCUUUGCCAGGGGGAUGUCUGCAGCUGUGUUGUGAAGCGGGGUGGGGUGGGGAGAGGAGUCACGGCAGAAUACUUACUAAGGAAUGGGAGACAGACUGAUGGAAGUUGCAGAUGAAAUUGGCUAGCAUGGGAUGAUCAGUUCUGGAAUGUGGUGAGGCCCUUUGGUCCUGCUAAAUCCUGCUAAAAUCCUUAGUGGGCAAGGUAAACAGCAAGGAAAAGACUGCCGUGGAUUCCGUGGUGGUUUUGACACACUUCCGUUAAAAGAGCUAAUGAUGGAUCCAGCAGUUUCCAAGCGGGGUAAGUACAGGCUGGCUUGGCAACCUUGGCCAGCUCAGGUCUCUGGGGACAGACUCAGGAUAGAGCCCGGCAGUUCAGGAGGCAGGGUGCGUGGAAAACACUCGGUCAGUGGAAGGGGCUGCCUGAGCUGACCAGGCCCCUGUCACUAAGGAAUGUCACCUGGAUAGGCCAUCAGGCUACAACAUGAUGCAGGCUGCAGCUGUACCCCGGACGGAAACCAUCCUACAUGCAGAGCAGAUGGCUCAAGAAAGUGAGCCAGAUCUCAUACGUGGGACCAGUUGUGCGUCUGCAUUAUGUGGCCAAGGAAUUAAACAUGCAUGGAAAGCGAACCCUUUCUCCCGUUCUCUCUGAUCUGCACACAUAGCGAAUAACUAAAGCUCCUGAAAGAUCCUCCUGCCCUGGGUUUUGCAGAGGUGUGUGCCUCAUUGCCUCCGCGGCCUCUGCAAACAUGGACACCUCCCUGCUGUGAACUUUGUCCACAUUAUCAUGGAUCCCCUCUGUGGAACUGGGGUUUGGGGAGCUGCGGCACAGAAUCCCAAGCUCCUUUUCCAAAACUGCAGUUCCCCAGAGGAACAGUCACGAGAGUUCAGUCCUUAUAGCCUGUGAGCCAGACUGGCCAUCCCAGCAUCCAGCGAACAAUUCCAAGGAAGACCCACCUGUGCGCGUGUUGCACAGUCUAGUGCCUGCAGCCCCAGGGCAGCUUCUGUGCUUAGAAAAAAUCUCCAGAUGAGUUUUCUGUGAUCUUGGAAGUCCUGGCUGGUGUUCCUGUUGCAUAUUAACUAACACUUGUACCUACCCACCCGCCAGAUGCUAGUAAAGAGCUUUUUACUGAUACGAAAACAAAAGUCUAGGAGUUCCUUAAAGACUAUCCACAUUUAUUUCAAUGUGUGUGCAAAUCGAGCUGAGAAUCCUUUAUGGAGCAGGUUACAAAGAGAAGGGAGUUAGAGAAAAGUGCUGUCUGUUUGAUACAUAUCUGAAGAAAUGAAUGGUGACUCAUAUUGAAAUAAAUGGUGUCCGUCUUUCAGUUGCCAGUGGGAAUGAAGCAAAGAGCUGCCAUUUCUCACAGAUCAAGACAUCCCAUGAACCACUUUUUCAGAUU